CGCGUCUACGUUAUCGAAGACAUCGCGACCGUCGUACUACACGUUUCUGCAAACUACGUGUUUUUGCCAUGAUGUAAUGGUUUUGGAUCCACGGCAAGAAGUUGAUACAUAGACUUCAGUCCAUACAGGGGCCUAACGCUGCUUUGUUGGAAAAGACCAUGACUCGGCUUAAGUAGGAAAACUAAAGAUACACCAUGGAGCUAGAAGACCUGUAUCGGAGGUACUGUGUAAGGCUGAAGCACGCCCUGUUCGUAUCCAGCUUAGCAGUGGCUACCAUCAGUUGUGCUGCAGCCUCUAUAGUCCUCACAUUCUUCUAUUUCUCAUUCGACAUGGGUCAUCUUUUACUACCACUCUCAAUAUGCGGGGGCCUCACAGUCAUCACCCUGGUCAUCUCAGUGGCCGCCCAACUGACCACCGCCAUGCUGGUCCUGGGAGUGGCGGCUAUAGCCUCCCUGGGCGGCGGCGUGGUCGCCCUGGGCGGCCCCUGUGUCCCUCUGCUGCUGUUUGCCCUUGUAGUCGUCACCCACACGGUCCUACCAGUGUCCAGGGCCGUGUCUGUUGGGUUGGCAGCCUUGGUGACUGCUGGACAUGUGGGGGUGUCUGCUGUGAGGAGUCAUCGUACACUGGAUGACUUCAGACUGUACACACAGCUGUUGGCAGAACUUGUAUUCCUAGUCUCCGGAAGCGUCGCUGGGUUUUACUAUCGCCUGAUGACAGAAGCAGCCCAUGAAAGGACCUUCGUAGGGACCAGGACUUGUAUAGAGUCCAGGGUCAAACUAGAGUGCGAGAAGGAACAACAAGAACAGCUGCUGCUCAGCGUCAUCCCUGCCUACAUAGCUGCAGAGGUGAAGCGCAGCAUAAUGCUCAAGAUGGCGGACGCUUGUCAAGACAUAUCCAACAAACAGACAAGGUUCCACGAAAUGUAUGUCCAACGUCACAACAAUGUAAGCAUACUUUACGCUGACAUUGUAAACUUCACACCUUUAUCGGAACAGCUCAGUGCUUCAGACUUGGUCAAGACGCUGAACGAGUUGUUUGGUCGAUUCGAUCAAUUAGCUCAGGAUAACCAAUGCAUGCGUAUAAAGAUCCUGGGCGACUGCUACUACUGUGUGUCAGGAUUGCCUGUGUCAAGACCCAACCACGCGUACAACUGUGUCAACAUGGGGCUACAGAUGAUAGACGCCAUCAGAUUUGUUAGAGAGGCCACUGGUUUCAACGUUGACAUGAGGAUAGGUAUCCACACGGGCAAUGUGUUGUGCGGAGUACUGGGGCUGCGAAAGUGGCAAUUCGACGUCUGGAGUGAUGACGUCACUCUAGCCAAUCACAUGGAGUCUGGUGGCAAACCUGGGAGGGUGCAUAUCACUAGAGCUACUCUGGACCAGCUGAGCGACAGAUUUAAAGUGGAGCCAGGUCACGGAGAAGAAAGAGAAGGAUACCUGGCUGACCACAAGAUCGAAACAUACCUGAUCAUACCUCCAUCUAAAGACAACAAAAGCGACGAGAAGAAGGAGUGCAGCACGAACGGACUAGCGGUCAACUCGGAUGCUACUCCUGGUCAGAUCAACAGAGGAAGAGGCUCCAGCAAGAUGACCAAGUAUGUGGAAUGUUGGGGCGCAGACAAACCCUUCGCCAACAUCACAGAGAGCACCCUGGCAAAGAAUAUUGGUCUUACGAGUAUUGCAAUGAUUGAAUCGAAUCUUCUACCUAGCAAAAGUACCUGUUUGGAAUGCAGAAAGUGGUUCAACUCGGAGGAGCUCAACCCUGUUAUGCUCUGGUUUCACAAAAGAGACCAAGAAACAUCAUACAGGUCACAGCCAGACCUGCAGUUCAAGUUCUACAUAGCCUGCGCCACUGUGCUGUUCCUCAGCAUGGCUGCGGUGCAAGCCCUCAUGGUGCCGAGAGGUCUGGUCCUGUAUGGCGCCUACGGUCCGACGCUGGUGGCACUCCUGGUGUUCGUAUACGUGAGCUGGGCCGAGGGCUGCGCCCCCCAGGGCUCUGCCACCCCUGAGGAUGCUGACGAGGGCCAGGCUGGUCGUGUGGUCAGCGACAGUCGGUGGCUCAGGAUCGCCAUGUUUGUCAUCACUGUCAUGCUAGUGGCUGUCUGUGCUGUUAUCACACUGAUAGAUUUUGAGCCCGACGAGCCUCAAGAAGUUCCCCGACUAGAGAUCAACUCCACAAUAGACAACGACACAUAUUUUGUGACGUCAUUCCCUUACAAGGCUGGAGACGUCCUCAGGGUACCGAGGCAGAAAAAACCUUACACUAUGGAGGAGAUUGAUUCUGCUCCGGCCUACUUGUACAGCUCUGCAAUCACACUGGCCACAAUCUGUGUGUUUCUGAGGAUCGGCUUCAUACUCAAGCUGUGUCUGAUGUUGGCGUCCUCCGUGUUUCAUCUCACCUUGUAUACAUCAGACUCCCUGUUCGACCUGUACGACUUCUUUCACACGGACAGCCUAGCUGGUCUUCCUAUCCAGUUCAAGCUGUGGUCUCCUCUUCUGAUACUCAUGGUCCUUCUGCACAUCCUGGACAGACAGAUAGAGUUUACAUCAAGAACAGACUUUCUGUGGAAGGCAAAACUAAAGGUUGAGCAGGAAGAGGUAGAGACUAUGCGGGGCAUUAACAAGAUUUUACUGGAGAAUAUACUUCCAGCUCACGUCGCUGAACACUUCUUGGCCACAAGAGCAACUCAGGAGUUGUAUCACGAACGGUACAGCUGCAUAGCAGUCAUGUUCGCAUCGAUUCCAAACUACAAGGAGUUUUACGACGAGAAUGACGUCAACAAACAAGGACUGGAGUGCCUCAGACUACUCAACGAGAUCAUUUGUGACUUUGACAAGCUGCUGCUCAAACCGAAGUUCAGCAGUAUAGAGAAGAUCAAAACCAUUGGAAGCACUUACAUGCUGGCAUCAGGACUGAGGCCAGGAAAGGAGAAAGAAGGAGGGGACACUAAGAAGGACGAGACUCGAAGGAUGGAGCACAAUGUGGUAGUCCUGGUUGAGUUCGCCGUCGCUCUCAUGACAAUUCUAGACCAGAUCAAUAGAGAGUCCUUCCAGAGGUUCAAGCUUAGAAUGGGUUUGAACCACGGGCCUGUGAUAGCUGGGGUGGUGGGCGCGCAGAAGCCCCAGUACGACAUAUGGGGCAACACAGUGAAUGUGGCCUCAAGAAUGGAUAGCUGUGGGCUUAUGGGUAAAUUACAAGUAACUGAGGAUACAGCCAAGAUCUUGAUGGGUGCCGGUUAUCAAUGUGAAUGCAGAGGACCUACCUACGUCAAGGGCAAGGGGACUUUGGUCACUUACUUUGUCAAAACCCAGUUUGAUGAAAAGUGAGGUGUUCAGUGAUAAUUUUUAAGAUUUAAUCUUAAAACCUAAGUGAUGAAGCACAGUCUUAAUGUACGUCUUAGCAAUUCCAUUUUCCCGUCAUCUUCAGAGUAUCUUUUAUCAGUGCGCUCAUUUAUCAUGUAACACAUAUAGAUUUAUUCAUUUCCCUUUAUGGUAUAAUUUAAUAAUUAAUUUGAUGAUUUCUUGUUGUUUUAUGAUUGACAAGAAGUUUUAACAAAAAGUUGUAUGGCUGGUAAAAAAUGCAGCUACAAAAUUUGUAUAAAAGGAGCAAGCCAAAAAAUUAGUAUAAAAGUUUAAAAGUUUAGUAUUGUAAGUUAACAUAAUUGCUACGAAUUAUCAUAAAUGUAAUUUAGGGUACAAAAUGGACUGAGGAAAAGAACGGGAGCACUAUUGAACAUAGUAUAGUUAUGAAAUGUAUUUAUUUGUAACAGAUUGUAAAAUUUCAUACCAUAAUUUGCCAGUACCUAUGAUUAUUAUUAUGAAAUGUAUCUUUGUUUUAGAUACGAUUAGCGUUUUCAGCAGAAAUAUUUUUGAAGUGCAAUAUGUUUUGAUUUGUUUUAUUUUUUAUAUUUUAUUUACUUCAAAUCAAAUCUUAGUUUUAAAUAUUGUACUUGGUAUUGUUAGAGUUACUACGGCUUUGGCAAGCCUUUAUGGCCAACAGAGGUUUUAUUGAUAAACCUUAAUUAUCAAUCUCUAAUAUUAAAAAUAAAUGUAAAUAUACUAAUCCCCACUUAAAAAUGUAGUAUAGGAUAAGUAAAGAUGUAAUACGACUAGCAUAGAAACCUUAUUAUUUUUAUACUUCUAGUUGACUACCAUAGAUAUAACCUAGUACUUGUAUUUAAGGUUUUUUUAAGAAACUGUAAGUAUUUUUAGUGUUCCACCAGUUGUCUUAUCAACAUAAAACAAUAUGUAUUGUUUGUCCCAAAACAAUG